AUGCUGCGGGCCGCGCAUCGUUUUCCAGCCAGGCUGGCCAGGUGUGAUCGAGCCCAGACCUGGCAGCAGCGCGGGCGCCGCAGCUACCAAGCAGCCAGACCCCGGCUCGACGCCAAAGGCGACGGCAUUUCCCACGAUGUUCAGUACGAGGGCCUUUGGGGAGCCAUUACCACCUUUCCCAAGCGUCAACCCUUCGCCACGAAUGUGAUUGUUGCAACGGUGAAAACGUCUGUAGCUGACCUCAUAGUGCAAAAGGCUGAGGGCAAGGAGAAAAUCGAUUGGCAGAGGAACGGUGCCUUCACUGCCUUCGGCUUCGCUUACCUCGGCUUCGUGCAGUGGUUCAUCUACGUGACCCUCUUCACGCGCCUCUGCCCGCACGCCAUCCGCUUUGCAAACCUCUCCUGGGCCGAGAAGCUGAAGGAUCGCGCAGGGCAGCUGGAUCUCGUGAAGCAGACGUGCUUGGACAACUUUGUCCAUUACACGUUCGUGUACUUUCCCGUCUUCUACGUCAUCAAGGAGGGCAUCAACACCGUCACCGCGGGCCCUGAGGCAGCGGCACCGGCCGAGCCCCUGGUUUCCCGGGCGCUGGCCAAAUACUGGAGGAAUGCCGUGCAGGACAACCUCUACAUGUGGGGUCUCUGGGUCCCCUUCGAUCUGAUAAUCUAUGCGGUGCCCAUCUGGAUGAGACUGCCGCUUAACCAUGGCGUCAGCCUGGCUUGGACCAUGAUCCUCAGCGCGCUGCGCGGCAGCGAGAAGUGA